CUCUACUGCUGGAUGAGACCUUUAAAAUGUUUUUCAUCCUCUUGCUGUAGCUUUGGGGUUCCGUUUUUUCUUUCUUUUUUUUUUUGAAAGAAAAAAUAUUUUGGUUAUCGCGCCGACUUAAUUUCUUCUCUUUUUUUUGUUUUAAUUUAUCCUUCAGUAUUUUUCCCCUCCUCCUCUUCUCCGAUGAACCUCUUCUCGGUUUGCACUUUGCAUGAAAAAGACCAGAGGAAAGACAUCAUGAAGUGUUAAAAAAUAAUCAUAAAGCUACCUUUGCAGCAACAACUAACAAUUCCAGCUGCAGUUUGCCAAGCUGCAAAAGAGAGAACCAACCUUUAUGCAAAAGGCGAAUAGAAAGAGCAACCCGCUCUGAUGCAUCAUCAAUACUAUAGGCUCUGCAAAGGAUAAUAAAGAGAGAGAGAGAGAGAAACAGUCGGUGCAAAUUGGAACGAAGGUUGCAAGGGGCUGGUGGAGAGAAAGAAGGAAAAUAGAUAUUGCAAAUAAUCAAGCUGGCUCACCCGGUUGCAACUCAGAGUAGUCCCCUCGCUCCUGGUGCGCACCCUUUCUGGAGGACUGUCAGCAGCAAAAGGAUGGCAUCAGAACUGGCAAUGAGCAACUCCGACCUGCCCACCAGUCCCCUGGCCAUGGAAUAUGUUAAUGACUUCGAUCUGAUGAAGUUUGAAGUGAAAAAGGAGCCGGUGGAGACCGAUCGCAUUAUCAGCCAGUGCGGCCGCUUGAUCGCUGGGGGAUCGCUCUCUUCCACCCCGAUGAGCACGCCCUGCAGCUCGGUGCCCCCUUCCCCGAGCUUCUCGGCGCCCAGCCCGGGCUCUGGCACGGACCAGAAGACCCACCUGGAAGAUUAUUACUGGAUGACCGGCUACCCGCAGCAGCUCAACCCAGAGGCGUUGGGAUUCAGCCCCGAAGACGCGGUGGAAGCGCUGAUCAACAGCAGCCACCACCAGCUCCAGAGCAGCUUCGAUGGCUAUGCUAGAGGGCAGCAGCUGGCCGCCGCCGCGGCCGGCACUGGGGGCUCCAUGCCCGGGGAAGAGAUGGGCUCUGCCGCCGCCGUGGUCUCCGCAGUGAUCGCUGCAGCCGCGGCUCAGAACGGGGCACCCCACUACCACCACCAUCACCACCCGGCUGGGCACCACCACCACCAGCAGCCGGGCAGCGUGCAGUCCAGCAGCAGCAGCAGCAGCAGCAGCAGCACCGGGGGAGGAGGUGGUGGAGGGGGUCUGCACCACCAGCACCACAGCAGCAGCCUGCAUUUCGACGACCGCUUCUCGGAUGAGCAGCUGGUGACCAUGUCGGUGAGGGAGCUGAACAGGCAGCUCCGAGGGGUGAGCAAGGAAGAGGUGAUCCGGCUGAAACAGAAGAGGAGGACCCUCAAAAACAGAGGCUAUGCCCAGUCCUGUCGCUUCAAGCGGGUCCAGCAAAGGCACGUCUUGGAAUCAGAGAAGAACCAGCUGCUGCAGCAAGUAGAGCACCUAAAGCAAGAGAUCUCCAGGCUGGUCCGGGAGAGGGACGCCUACAAGGAAAAAUAUGAGAAGCUGGUCAGCAAUGGCUUCAGAGAAAACGGAUCCAGCAGCGACAACCCUUCCUCUCCAGAGUUUUUCAUGUACCCAAGAGAAUCUUCUACAUCGGUGAUGUGAAAAUGCCUGGUGCCUGAAGUUAAAAAAAAAAAGAAAGAAAAGUGAUGCUGGAAUGCUGAUGGCUUAAGACAACUUUUUGGCAUGAAGACAGCUACAAAGCACAAAAAACAAAAUAUGAACUCAGAAAGAAACAAGAAAAAAACAGCAUUUUCAUGGCAUCGACAAGAAGCUCUUUAUUUUUCCUCAAGUUUUCUUUUCUAAAAAAAAAAAUGGAACUAAAACAUUUGCAGAAACAAGACAAACUUUCUCUUCAGGUGACAAUAUUCAAGCAUGUUCUUUUGCUAAAUUUAAAUUGAAAGAAAAAAAGAAAUUUUAAACAGGAUGCAGUAUCUGGAGAACUGUGAACCUUCAAAGACAACAAAACAAACUCUUUAAAACUGUGAACCAAGAAAUGGAAGGAACAACUUUUAAACCCCUGAUUACACCCGGUUUGUUCUUAAGGAGACAUCAUCAUCUUUUCCUAAAGCAACAAUAUUUAGGGAAUGGUUUGCAACAUACCUUUUAUUAUAAUCUUUUAAGGAAAACCUGCAUAUUUAAUGAUUAACAGUGGAGUAAAUCUGACUUUAUCAUUUCUGUUCAAAUGUC